GGGCCUCCAGGAAGAAGAACUUCAGCUCUCAGACUGGUUUAACCCCAGGACACUGUUUCGAAGAGCAAGGGUAUGCUCACUGGUAUUGGUGUGUGGAGAUGGAGAGCAAGUCUCAAACCUUCCUCUUCACGGUGCUGGUGGCUGAUGGCGGGGAAGAAGUGUGGGUAAGCACUGAGCAAACGAAUGCCCUCAAUAACCUGCUGCUCUUUGUACCAGGGGCCUCCAGGAAGAAGAACUUCAGCUCUCAGACUGGUUUAACCCCAGGACACUGUUUCGAAGAGCAAGGGUAUGCUCACUGGUAUUGGUGUGUGGAGAUGGAGAGCAAGUCUCAAACCUUCCUCUUCACGGUGCUGGUGGCUGAUGGCGGGGAAGAAGUGGUAAGGAGACGUGUGGAAGUCAUCACCACCACGAACUGGCUGGCUCCAGUCGUAUGGGAAGGCACGUUUGACAGAGAGGUCCUGGAGAAAUAUUACAGAAAGUGGAACAUCUCCGUGGGCUUGGCUGUGUUUGCUGUUGGCCGCAUCACUGACCAGUACCUGGACCCAUUCUUGCAAUCUGCCAGCAAGUUCUUCAUGCCUGGGUAUAGUGUGAUCUUCUACAUCAUGGUGGAUAGACACAUGCAGCUACCUAAAAUGAACUACAACCCUCUGCAUUCCUUUCAAAUACACAUCAUAGGUGAAGAGAGAUGGUGGAACAACUUGGACCUGAUGCGCAUGAAACUCUUGGCCGAGCACAUCCAUGAGCACAUCAGAUAUGAGGUGGAUUACCUCUUCAGCAUGAGCGCCAACCUGGUCUUCCAGAAUGAGUUUGGGGUGGAGACCCUGAGCACGUCUGUAGCCCAGCUCCAUGCUUGGUGGUAUUUCCGGAAGACAAAUGACCUUCCCUAUGAGAGGAGACCUAUGUCAGCAGCCUACAUUCCCUUUGGCCUGGGGGACUUUUAUUACUCUGGCGCCAUUAUAGGGGGAGUGCCCUUUCAUGUUCUGGACUUGACUCAGGAAUACUUGAAAGCUGUUGUUUUGGAUGCAGAAAAUGGACUUAACAGCACCUAUGAGAAAUACCUCAACAAAUAUUUUUACCUCAACAAACCCACCAAAAUUCUAUCCCCAGAGUACUGCUGGGACUCAACCUUCAAAACCCCUCGGCAAGUGUGGUACAUGAAGAUUGCUCAGUAUCCUAUGGACAGCUUAUGA